AUGUCGGAUUCACAACAGUAUGGUAUUCAAACCGAUUCCAUGACGUUGCAAAGGUUCGUGCUCGCUGAGCAAAAGAACCAUCCAGAGGCUAGUGGAGAUUUCACAAAUUUGCUGACUUCACUUCUGACAGCAGUGAAGGCCAUCUCUAGCGCUACACAGAAGGCCGGAUUGGCCCAGUUAUAUGGAAUCGCCGGCUCUACGAAUGUACAAGGCGAAGAAGUAAAGAAGUUGGAUGUGCUGUCAAACGAACUCAUGAUUAAUAUGCUGAAAUCCAGCUAUACUACAUGCAUGCUUGUUUCAGAAGAAAACGAUGAAGUCAUUGAGGUGGAGGAGAGCAAACAAGGACACUAUAUUGUUACGUUCGACCCUCUUGACGGAUCUUCAAAUAUUGACUGCCUGGUUUCUAUAGGGACAAUUUUCGGAAUAUAUAGGAAGAUUAGCGAAGGUGCUCCCACGUUAGACGAUGUUCUACGGCCUGGACACGAAAUGGUGGCUGCUGGUUAUGCUCUAUACGGUUCUGCCACCAUUGUUGUACUGACAUCCGGCAAUGGCGUGAAUGGAUUCACUCUUGAUCCGAUUAGCGAAGGUGCUCCCACGUUAGACGAUGUUCUACGGCCUGGACACGAAAUGGUGGCUGCUGGUUAUGCUCUAUACGGUUCUGCCACCAUUGUUGUACUGACAUCCGGCAAUGGCGUGAAUGGAUUCACUCUUGAUCCGGCUAUUGGAGAGUUCAUAUUGACCCAUCCAAACAUGAAAUGCAAAUCAAAAGGAAGCAUAUAUUCAUUGAAUGAAGGAUAUGCAAACACGUGGAGCAAAGGCAUUGCAGAGUACAUUCGCACCCGGAAAGACCCUCCUCCAGGCAAAAAGGCCAUGGGACAGCGUUAUGUGGGCUCAAUGGUUGCUGAUGUGCACCGAACGCUUCUUAACGGUGGCCCAAUUCGAGUUGAUGGCGCGUUCGAGAUCAUCUGGCUACAUAAGGAAGCGCUGCUGCUGUUGUGA